AUGGCAUCUCUGGUCCAAGAAGUCGACUCUCUCGACAUCCAAGUCAUCAUCGACAAUGAGCUCGACCCCAUCUCGCCCGCAGCCCCGGACACCGUGCAGAUGACCGGCGGAUCAAUGGGCCAUGUUGCCAUGUCUGCACCCCGUCUGCAGCCCGGCUCUCGCGGCGACGCAGUCAAGGAGCUGCGCAUGGAUCAUCUGUGCUGUUCGGCACAUGGAUUGUCUAUUAUGGUAUGGCUUACUUCCAUCGGCGGGGAACAGACGGCAACUCGCGGGGAUGUCAAGCGUACAGUCCUCUUUGACACCGGCCCUGAAGAGGAUGUCUGGGAAAGAAAUGCAAAUCGACUCAAAGCAGACGUGGCGCAGGUUGAUUUGAUUAUGCUGUCUCACUGGCAUCGGGAUCAUUCCGGAGGCAUGUUAAAAGCCAUCAAGACGAUCAAUCAAGCAAAGCAGGACAAAGCUGGGAAGGGAGGCAACGUGACUGUAGACUUGCACCCGUCUCGUCCAGACUAUCGCGGCUUCUUGAUGGGUGACAAGAUUAUUUCUCUGGAAGCCGACCCGUGUUUCGAGGAAAUCACCGACCUUGGAGCAACACUGAGCCUAAACGACGAGGCUCAUACCGUUCUCGAGGACAUGUUUCUCAUCUCCGGCGAGAUCCCGCGAGAGACCUCAUAUGAGCACGGCGUGAAAUUCGGCAUGCGAUAUGACAAGGCCGACGGAGACUGGUUUUCUGACGAGAAGAUUGCCGAUGAGCGGUUUUUGGCGUGCAACUUGAAAGGUAUCUACAUUUCAGUAUCUCUCUCUACAGCAGGAAGCCCAAAACUGACGAGACACCCAACAGGAAAAGGCAUAGUCCUCUUCACGGGCUGCAGCCACGCAGGCGUUGUCAACACCUCCAGACAUGCUCUCAAGCUCCUAAACAACGGCGGCGAGACGAAAGUGCCCCUUCACGCCGUUGUCGGCGGAUACCAUCUAGCCACGCCGCACGACUCCAAGCAGAUAGAGCCCACAGUCAAGGAUCUCAAGACCCUCGACCCAGCCGUGUUGAUGCCGGGACAUUGUACUGGGUGGCGCGCGAAGUUCGCGAUUGAGCAGCAUAUGCCCGGCCGCCUUGUGCCGUGCACUGUUGGGACGAAGUAUUUGAAAAGACAACCCGCCAUGGCCGCUGCCCCGGCCCGCGCGCCCUCGCUGUGGCGCUUCGCUCGCUGCCCCCGCCAGCCAACCUUCACGCAGCUUCGCCAACGCAGAUUCGUGCAUCCUCACGAAUUCAGACCCCUGGUGCCUCCCUCACCGAGCUCACUGGGCAAAGCAACGCCCGCAAAGACAUACCCGCGCACGCGGAAAUGGCUCCGGCGCCUUUUCUACGUCUCGCUCGCCACCGGCGCCAUCUUCGUCGUUGACAGGCAGUUCUAUGCCUCGUCGCUCACACGCACCACGCGCACCUUCGGGCUGGGCUUACUGGUUGCCGUGGACUACAAGAUAAAUUUUCGCCCCAAUCCUCCCUUCGCCGCCUCCAUUGCAGCCGUCCAUCAGCGCAACGCAGAGCGUCUCUCGGACCUCUUACGUCACAAUGGCGGAUUGUACCUCAAGAUCGGACAGGCUAUUGCAAUGCAGUCCGCCAUACUCCCGCCUGAGUUCCAGAAGAUGUUCUCCCGCAUGUUUGACGACGCGCCUCAGAAUAGCUGGAAGGAUGUCGAGAAAGUCAUCAAGGAAGAUUUUGGGAAGUCCGUGGAAGAUGUCUUUGGCGUUUCGUUUACGGGCGAUCCCACCAAGGGUGUGAUGGAGAGGAAAGCCAGGGCGAGCGCGAGUGUUGCGCAGGUGCAUUGGGCUCGUUUGGCGGAUGGCCGGGAAGUUGCUAUCAAGAUUCAGAAGAGAGAAAUCGCGGCACAGGUCGAGUGGGAUUUGUGGGCUUUCAAAAUUGUCUCGUAUAUCUAUAGCAAGUGGUUCGAUAUUCCAUUCUACAAUUUGGUCCCGUUUGUCAGCGAACGACUGUUCCUCGAGACCGACUUUGAGAACGAAGCGAAAAACGGCGAGCAGAUGGCCGAGUUUGUGGCAAAUGAGCCACGGUUACGAAACAGAGUCUAUAUCCCUAAAGUGUAUCACGAACUCAGCUCAAAGCGAGUGAUGACCGCGGAGUGGAUUGAAGGCGUCCGUCUAUGGGAUAAGGAGGCCCUCACUCGUCCAUGGAAAGGCGGUUGGCAUGAGGGCAGCCCAGGGUCGCACGGUACACCAUUGGACCCUCCAGAUAAAAAACUUCCAAGCCGCGAAGAACUUGCUAGGAAAAGCGUUGCUUCACUGAAAAUCAAACCCGAACGUACGCACUGGAAGGGCUGGAAGGAGAGGGGGGGCCUUGGCCUCUCUUUGAAGGACGUGAUGACAACCAUGGUAGACCUGUUUUCCGCUCAGAUGUUCCUCUGGGGCUGGGUGCAUUGCGACCCUCAUCCUGGCAACAUCUUUGUCAGGCGGAAGCCCAAUGGCAAGCCGGAAAUAGUUCUCAUCGAUCAUGGCCUCUAUAUCCAGAUGACUCCCAAGUUCAGACGCCAAUACGCGACUUUCUGGAAAGCGCUCUUGACGUUAGACAAUAAAACCUUGAAGGACGUCGUUGGCCAGUGGGGUGUCAAUAAUCCAGACAUCUUUGCGUCCGCGACCUUAAUGCGACCCUACCGGGGCGGCAAUCUAUCGACACAAAAGGGCCUUGAAAAGCUGUCUAAAGAAGAGCGACAAAACCGGAGCUACGAGAUGCAACAAGCCGCGCGAAAGGCCAUCCGGGAGAUUCUCGGCGACGAGACUAAAUGGCCCCGAGAGCUGAUUUUCAUUGGACGUAACCUGAGAAUCGUACAGGGGAAUAACCAGUUCCUGGGCUCGCCCGUCAACCGUCUCAAGAUUACCGCGACGUGGGCAUCGCGUGCUCUUGCGGAGUCGCCAGAUAUGCCUCUGUCAGAGAGGAUUCGCAAUUAUGCAGGACAUGUAGUGUUCCGCCUCGUCUUGUUUACGUCGGAUGUGGUCUUUUAUUUCACCAAGAUUCGACAGAUGCUAGGCCUGGGCGGCGGUAUGGAGGAUGAUAUUGAGAAGCAAAUGAAGGUUAUGGCGAAGGAUAUGGGUGUGGAAUUAGAUCAGGAUCUUUUCCAGGGAUGA